AUGCAAGCUAUACUUGCCGAAACUGAAAUGGAUCAAACGGCACCUUUGUGCACAGAAGCAUAUGCUGCUUUUGCACGAUACGAAGCAAUGGAAGCCACAUCGAUAUUGGAGAUGACUCUGUGGAAAGGAAAACUAACGUCUGGCUGGAGUAAUCAUGAUACUACCAAGAGACAAGCUCUGGAUCGAGACAGUUGCCGAGUUGUCUGUGGAUCAGAUGUUAUACUUCCAAGGAUAGUGCAAUUCUUGGACAUUCCAAUGGGUUCUUCUGCCUAA